CUCCGCUCAUUCGCGAUUAAUCCUUUAUGGUGUAAAGAUCUCUUCGCGUGCGCGUCCCGUGUUGUUCGCGUUCGCGUUGUUGCCUUUCAGCCCCGUCUGCUUUCGCUUUCGACGUUUUUAUGGUGCGAUUUAGCCGAGUGCGUGUGGUGGUGGCUGUGUCAAAAAAUCUACCAAAAUGUCCUUCGUUGGCUGCUUUGUUGUGCUUUAACUGUGCUCAAGUUCAACGCAAACGAUCCCAACCAGCAACAACAAUAAACUUUAACUUUCCUCACAGCGCGUGCUUGCGUAAUAUUUCGGUGCAUAUGUUACUCGCUAUCUAAAAAAGUGUUUAAAUUUGUGGAUUUAUGUUUCAUUCCCGAACCUGUUGCAUUAUGAGUGCAAAACCGAAGUGAAGUGCAUUAAAACAUGAAGUAGUUUAGCAACGAUGCUUUAGCAAUUCCGGUCAGUGUCCAACAGUUAUAUGGCGACAAAUAAUGCUUCAAAACUGUGUUAAAAAGUGCAAAACACCGAGGGUGUAAACAACGGCCGGAAGCAAGCGCAACAAAGAGAGCAGUACGCGUUAAGCGCCCUUCACCAAAAUCCAACCCAGUGCCCUUGCCCUGCCGCGCCCGUUUGCGUUCAGUGAUAUGUUGAGUGAGUGUUAUGGACAUUCUGACGACAGCCGAACGGGCGUGUAAAAUUCUGCUGCUUUUGCUUUCGCCGCCCCGUACGUGUGGUGCAGCGCGUGCCGUGUGCUUUCCGUUUGACGGCGACGCGAAUAUGCACUUUUGUUUGAUGCAGUAGCGGAGCUGCAUCCUCUUCUCUCCCCUCCCCCCGCCCCUGCGCCCUCCCCGACAAGUAGGAAGCUGAACGGAAAAGAAAAUGUUGGGUGCACUGAAGCGUCGAUGGAGGACUACGAGAAGAUCCGUUUCAGCUGACAAUCAGUACGAGGCGGAGCGAGAAGGCCUGAGUGAAAUAAUUGCCUCCCCACGGUACCUGGAGUUCCUGAAAAACUAUCGCGAGGAAGCGGCUGCUGCGACGGCCGCGUCCGAUGCGACCCUAUCCGCAUCAUCGCCGCGCUACAUCGAGGUACGGAAGGGACGAAUCGUGCUCGAAUCAUCCCAACAGCAGCCGCCGCCACUCCCGAUCCGGAACGGCGGUGCCGCACUCCUGCCGGAUGGAGAAAAGACUGAUCUUCAACACCAGCAGCAGCAGCAGCAGAUACACCAUGGCCGAGAUUCGGUUUUACGAAUCAACCGUGAAAAGGUCGGACCCGCUGGAUGCCCGAUGGUCCCGGCGACCCUGUCGGAAGUUGGGUACGAGCAUGAUGCAUCUACACCGCUACCGCCGCUGCCCCCAUCGCCACCGUCCUCGCCGACGGCACGCCAAGGAUACAGCCCGAACUCUUCUUCUCCCGUGCACGAGUGUGGGAAACUUGUGCGCAACACUUCCGGUUCGGUUUCGGACUCCUGCAAGAACACGGAAAUGUUGGAAGCUCGCAUUGCAGAACUAGAAGAGGCCUUAUUAAAGCUACAAGAACGAGUAAACCAAAGCCAAUGCAACUCGCCAACAUUGGAAAAGGAGAUAAAGGAGCAUUUAGAAGUUAUGAGCAAAGCGAUGAGGACAAAGGAUCGAAAAUCGAUGCAAGUGUGCCGAGAGCAUAAAACACUGCAGGUACGCUUUCAGAAGCAGGAAAACAGCCUGAUGGCGCUGCAGAACGAGAACAAAUCGCUACACCAAAGAGUACGGCAGUACGAAACAUGCCUGGACGACAUCAUGCGCAAGGUGGUGGAUGCGCUGGUGGCCGAGGACAGCCUGCGGGACGAGGUGGCAAUACUGAAGGGCCGGGUGCGGGAUCUGGAGGCACAAAAUGCGGCCCUCGUCACCACGCACGCCAGCCCGGCCAAGAGUCGCGACGAGGGCUACUGCACGAUGAGCUCGGGCCAGCCGCAACCGCCGGCGGAGGGCCACCUGGAGGAGCUGCCGGAGGAGCCGGAACAGUGGCUAAUGUCGGCGGAACCGUGCACCGCGGACAUGGAGGACUGGAGCAUGUCGCAGGAGGAGCUGGUGACGGCGCUGGACGAGGAAAACCACGAGUGGAUCUGGAACUCCAACUUUCUGACGUCGGCAGAAACACAGACUGAAGAAAUAACCGCCCUGCUGCACGACCAGAUUAUAUACUCAGAAGAUGAGGAGGUAACGUGUACGAACUUCACGCGUGACUUUUAUCGACUAGUCAGCUUCACGUCCGGCAGUACGCGCAGCUUGCAUUCACCGAUGGCGGCUGGCGGCACGGUCGGCGAGAGCGGAGAUCUGAGCGGGAGCGAGCUGAAGGAAGCAAGCAGCAAGAACGGUAGCAACACCGCCACGCGCGGGGCUCGCCGAACAGCCAAAGGAGGAGCGGCGUGCGACAGCAGCGACGAGGAUGAUGCCAACGGCAGCCGAUCCCAAAGUCCAACGCCGAGCGAAGGUGGCCGGGCCCAGGUACUCAGCUGCUCGUCCAGCGAAUCGAGCGAUGCACUAACGGAGAAGCUACAGCUGCCCGCAUCGGCGUCGUCCAUGUCGUGCAGUGCAAGCACCACCAUCGAUGAGGAGGAUGAAGUAGUGUUGCGGAGCAACCCGGCACCGAAGAAGGGUGCCCAAUCGCUGCCUGAAUCACCGAAUCGCCGCUACAUGGGCAAGCAGCAGGCCGAUGCUGUAGCAAUCAACCCGCCGCUCUCGCUCAACACGGCCGACCUGCUGCAGGAUGUACUGAUCACGUGCCACAAUCAGCUAAACGGAAAGGCGGCCACGAAACAGGAAAGCACGGCAGCCGCACGGUCCCAAUCGCCCGCAUCGGCUACGUGGCGAAGAAGCACUGGAUGGAGGCGGGUUCAGCGUGGCAACGGUGUCCACGAAACGCACAUCCCCGUCCCGAUCGGAGCGAAGGAUCGGUUAAAAUCGCCUCCGCCGGUGCCGAUCCGCCGGACCUUCGCCAGCUAGCCGAAUGUCCAUCGCAGCCAUUAACAACGGUGUUUCGCUAAUUUACCUAGCAGGGGGUGUAGGUGUAACAGCUGGGGUCUAACCGUACAACUGGUGCUCGUUGCGCACAAGUCCCAAACAUGCCCAAGACUUAUAAAUAAUGUCGAAUUAAUCAGGUUAUGAAAAGCAAGCGUUUUACAACACAGCGUUGUGCACACUAAUAUACACCAUGGUAGUAGUACCGGUUGGGUUUCGUUUUCGCCAGACAUUGCAAGCAAUAGUGUUACGUCUCGAAACUAUGUGGAGUUAGACAGGACAUUAAGAAAGCACACAUCCUCACAAAUACUUACUAAAAUUAUACAGUUAUACACGAAAACCAUGUAACACCUUUAUAGUUAGAGUGAAGGAAGAAGCAAACACUAACAGGGCAUACUAACCGCUUAACGUAGCAGUCGCGUUAAGGGCUACGUUAAAUGAUCCCUCACAAACAAAAAACGUCGUUGAAGCAAGUAGAAGAAAGCAGAGGAAAGAAAAAAAGAACUCUAGAUUGUAAGAUAACAACAUUUGUGAUAAUACGUUUAAAAACAUACAACAACUCAAAACAAAGAGAAGAAGCAAAUGAGGCGCAACCUUCGCGAUGCAAGCGCUGCGCCAAAAUCGUACUGAUAAAUGACGGCAACGACACACUCACUGAUACGCCUCAUACAUAAACUGCCACCAGACAAGGUCGUCUAAACCUCAUCCACACAGAAGCUGGCGUAUGCAGUGAACUAUAUUCUCUAUAUUGAUAAUAGGCGGAGCAGGGUAGCGCUUGGGUGGGUUUGAAACUGUUGGACAAUAAGAAUUUUUGCAGCAUUUCUCUCGCCGCAUGAGGGUUUGGCGUGAGGAUGGAGACACACUCAGUAAAUACUAUCCCCCAGCGGAACCGAAAUCAACUAAAAAGAGGUUGUGAGCGAAUGAAAGUAAUGCCACAAAAGAGUACGGAAUCUAUACAACUUUACUUUGUUGUUCGAAUGCGUGCGGAUGAUCAGAACUCAGAACUAUUUCUUAUAAGCGAUAAUCGUAGUCGAUCGAUCGGUGAUUGAUAUACUACGUGUUGCAAAACCUAUGGAGAAGAAUGCAAUCGUUCGUUCUGGAGAUGAUGAUAAUAGCAAAGAGCACGCUAAACGAAUGCUAGCUUCCUUUUUUGUAGACAUUACUGGUCUGAGUUGAAUUGGUAAUAUUUUACAGAUAAGUAAAAGGCAACGUUUGCUACUUCAACAGUUCUUUCACAAUGAUUUACACAACUUAUUACCGCUUUCUAAAUUAAAUAUCUACUGCGGUGAGCUUAUUUAAUAGAUGGCUAAAAAGAUGCUUUACACGCUAUUUGCUUUGAUGAGCAUAUCAGUUCAUGUUGUUGAAUAUUUUUAAUGCUGAUCAAUGUGAUCAACCAAACGAUGCGUUUCCUUUGCUCACGCAUGUUGCUUACUGUUGUUUUAUUUUCUUCUUCUUUUUUUUUGCAAAAUGAUAAGAAUUUAAACGUACAUCUUUUUUUUUUGCAAAUCACAGCCCUCACUAAUACUCCCGUUUUGGAGUUGCUGAACAACAUUAUCGAUUGUUGUUGAAAGACAACAGGAUCGCUUCGUAUAGUGUUACUUGUGAGUGUUUUACGUGAACCGUAUGUAAUAUCAGCCAACUUCGCAUGUCUGUAGCAUUUCUACCGUCUUCUCGCUUCAUAUCUUACCGUUGUCUAUACAUAAUAGUUGCGAUGAGUUUUAUUGCACGAAUUUGCUUAGCCGCAAAACAACGUAGGAAACAGUAAUAGAAGGUGAGUGCAGGGAAUGGGUUGCCACACGAAACGCAACGGGAUGGAAUGGAGAAUGAACACAGAUGAAAACAACACGAAAGGUACAAAAUGGAAUGAGCUCUGGUAUGUGUGUUGGGUGUUGCAAUUACUAUAGACAAGAACGUAACUAGAAGAUAUGAUAGAGAGGUAUUGGGUCCGUUACGGAAGAGUGUAGCCAUGUUAAAGCAGAUUAGAAAUCAACCAAAAUCAAACAAUUCUCUUUACCAUUUACUCUACAAACUGCAUUUCCGUUAACAGAGCGUAUCGUCCUUACACUUGUUCUUAGUAGUCACUAUCCAAUUCGUAUUCACUCAGUACUGUGGUCCCUGCCUGUGGGUCUAAAUAUUUUACUGUGUUACCUAGGGCAUAACCAAUAACAUUGCAUGUGUCGUUGUGUAGAAGAGUGUCGUUCAGAAUAAAAACAAGUUUGGUACGUGGACAUCCUAGAUAGAGUGACGGGGGGUAGAUUACACGUAAGGUACUCGCGAUGAUUCGCUAGGCGGACCCAGCAUUAUACACACACACACAGCUAGUAGCAUUACUGUUUGUUUUGUGACUGUGGAGGUGUUCGAAAUAUCAUCAAUCACUCAUGCACACAUCAUAACGGAGGUGGAGAGUAGCGUUAUUUUCUUCUUCUUGUCAGCAGGUUGUACAUGUACUAUAAUUUCUCCUUGUAUACAUACUAAACGUUGAAAACCGUACUGAGACGACGCAAUGCAUUAUACACUAUUUACUUUUGUAAUAGGUUCAUAUAUAUAUAUACACAUAUAAGUAUCUGCUAGAGGGACUUUUACUAUUUAUAUCGAACUUCAUAAUACGCCGCACUACGAGUAGGGUGUGGAAUAUAACAUGUCCGGGUACGUUGGUAGAACGUGCAGACAUUUGUAGAACGUGAGCGUGUCUGCCACAGAUACACUGUGGACACAUAGAAUGGCCUUCGCCGACCGAAGAAAGAGUAGAGUUUGGGAAAACGAUUCAAAAUAGUAAUAUUAAAACUUUUUCAAACUAAUCAA